AUGUUGAUCUUAGGAAACGAUUAUUUGAUAAUGCGUCGUAGCAGAUGGAAAAUGUCGGCAGCGACGUCGUUACUUUACACAAUAAUUAUUACAGUAGUAAUUGUACCAGAUUUACUUCAAGCUAGUCAAAAUUAUAAGAUAAAUCCAAAACCAUGCAAAGUGAACAGUCAAGAGGGCACGUGCAUGUUCGUUUGGGAAUGCAUCAAGUCCGAGGGCGAGCAUAUUGGCAUGUGCAUGGAUUCCUUCAUGUUCGGGUCAUGUUGUGCCCAUAAUGCGACAUCAAAUGUGAUAUUAUCCGCAGCGUCGUCAUACAAUAGCAAACCAAUUACACAUGUUAAUAGGUAUAAGCCAUCACAUAAUAGGCCAAAUGUUAGUGCCAGUACAUCAAUUCUCCGCCCAAAUGGAAGCGGAAUGGUUGUUAUCAGACCGGGAACAAAUCUGUACAAUCGUCCUUAUCACACGAGAAGUACAACGACAUCGACGACAACGACAACAGCAGAACCUCCUGCCUUCGUGAGUGACAAUGAAGUCAUUCAGCAUGAUCUUCAAGCUCAAAGUAGCAUAGCAACAGCAUCUUGGUCCCAAUCUGGCGGAUGGCAUACAACAACUCAACCAAAUUUCAUCACAAAACCCAAACCAUCGCAAUGGGAUAAAGUAACGCAAGUAAGACCGAAGCCCAAACCAUCCAAAAAACCAAUUUUAUCAACAAAUUAUCAAAAUACUAAACGCCCUUCCACGCCAAAGCCCCAUCAUUAUCAAACAAAACCCACGAAACAUUCGACGACGACGACAUCAUCAACCACAAUUCAAACAACGAGAAGACCCAUUCCGAAUACAUCACGAGUUCCUUUGCCUUCGUCGUCUUCAAUUGCGCCUCCAAUUAACGAACCUGUGCCCAAUCCGAUCGUCAUUGAGCCCGGAACUUACACAGUUUCAGCAUCACGAAGCACAGAAUGCGGCGUGCCAACUGUUCAACGACCCGAAACGAGAAUUGUCGGAGGCAAAAAUGCUCCCUUUGGAAGAUGGCCUUGGCAAGUUUCUGUUCGCAGAACGAGUUUCUUCGGGUUUUCAAGUACGCAUCGAUGCGGAGGAGCAGUUAUUAAUGAACAAUGGAUUGCAACAGCAGGCCAUUGCGUUGACGAUUUGCUAACAUCCCAAAUAAGAAUCCGCGUAGGCGAAUAUGAUUUUAGUCACGUGCAAGAGCAGUUACCGUACAUUGAGCGUGCUGUCGCGAAAAAAGUCGUUCAUCCAAAGUACAAUUUCUUCACGUACGAAUAUGAUUUGGCUCUCGUGAAAUUGGAUCAACCAUUGGAAUUCGCUCCGCACAUCAGACCAAUUUGUUUGCCGGCAACGAACGAUCUGCUAAUUGGCGAUAAUGCGACAGUUACGGGAUGGGGACGACUUAGCGAAGGAGGAACAUUGCCUUCAGUAUUGCAAGAGGUUUCCGUUCCAAUCGUUAGCAACGACAAAUGUAAGACGAUGUUUUUGCGUGCAGGACGUCACGAAUUCAUACCUGAUAUCUUUUUGUGUGCGGGACACGAAUUUGGCGGGCAGGAUAGUUGUCAAGGAGACUCUGGAGGACCAUUACAAGUCAAAGGCAAAGAUGGUCGAUAUUUCCUCGCGGGAAUCAUCAGUUGGGGCAUUGGAUGCGCAGAGGCAAACUUACCAGGCGUUUGCACGAGAAUAUCAAAAUUCACUCCAUGGAUUCUGGAAGUCGUAUCUUUACCGUUCUAA